AGCAGCCCUGCUGAUAGGGUUUCACUCUCUCCGGGGCAAAGAGCAGGGCAGGCAGUACAAUACAAGCUCUAGGACAUACAUCUACCUGGGAAUCUAUAUUCCUCCGAGCCACACCUUUUUCUGGGACCUUCUGGGAACUGUGUCUUCCUGUGGAUACCUGUGUCUUAUAGCUAUGCCUCUCCCCAGUCCUGUCUCUUCUAACAAGAGGAAGAAGGCCAUGAAGAUCAUCACUGACCUGUCCAACGUCAGCCAGAAUGAUGACGAGUCAGACCCCGAGGCCUCUGAGCUCGACCUGGGCACCAAGAUCAAAACACCCAAGGACACCAUGCUGGAGGAGCUCUCCUUGAACAUGAACAAGGGCUCCAAGAUGUUCAGGAUGAGGCAGCAGAGAGUUGAGAAGUUCAUCGUGACCAACGCGAACAAGCAGAACCUGGAGAUCCUGCUGAUGUGUCCUCCCCCCGUUCCACCAAAGCCUGAGAUGCCAAGAGAAGAAGUGAUAGAUGAGGAGACGGAGAAGGAGAAGAGGAGGAAGGCGUAUGUACCCACCUACAUAUCGCCAUGGGAACGGGCCAUGAAGGGCAACGAGGAGCUGACAGCCACCAUGAGGUCCUCCAUGCCGGGACCCAUCCAGCUGCACCUAGACCUGCCUCUGUACAAGAGCUUCAACAGGACGGCGCUGCCAUUCGGCGGCUUGGACAAGGUGCCCAAGACGUUGACCUUCGAGCUCUCAGAGUUCAACGACGCCGGCGAUGAACCGGAGCCUCUGCCCAGCAUGCAGGCCGACGUCCGCUCACGCCCCUCAUUCAACCGCACGCCCAUCGGCUGGAUCUGCAGCGAGGACAACUCACACAUCCACAUGGAUGAGAUGGACAACAUCCCCUUCGACGGAGAGACAGACGACCUGUGAACACGCAUGAACACACACACAUACAUGAAGAAUACACCCUCACAUGAGUGGAAACGUGAUGGCAUUUACACCACAUACACUGACAACAUAAGCACUGUUAGAACUGUUGAGGCUCCCAGGAACACAUGUUGAAAUCUACUUUUAAAUGAUAAUGAUGGAAAAGGACAAAGUAUCUCCCCUGGCCUCCUGUGUGCUUUCUAAUCUUUUCAUCCCUAACCGUGAUUGAGUCUUACUGUGAUUUUACAUACUGAGCUGAUGUGAGACCUGUGUGAAUAGAUACAGAUGAGCACUCUGCACUCUUAAAACAAUGUAUUUAUGCAAUAAAGUUCCCCUUUACAGAA